CCAAUUUCGACUAUCCUACAGUGAUUAUUUCAGAAAACCCAAAACAGAGAAAUUGUAGAUCCAGAAGUCUUUGUUCAUUUGGCUUUGGAAUCAGGUCAAUCCGAUUUGUAUCGACAAAGAUACGACCAUUCUCCUGAGCUCGUGCAGUGCUGAAAUUCCUGUUUGUCCUGUUUCCGUGUGCAAGUCACUCUCCCGAUCCUACUGUUUGAGAAAGCCUCCCCUAGGCUUGCAUCAUUUGGUAUCAGAGCUUUGGAGGAGAGGACAAUGCCUCCAAGACAAGCUAGGCGCCGUGGCGGCAGAACCCUUCCCCUCAAUGAAUUGCACACACUCGCUGAGAAUAUGCAACAACAAAUUGAUGAAUUGACGCAAGAAGUUCAGCGUUUGAGGGCUGAAGCAAAUAAUUCUCCACCCCGUUCCAGGACUGAAGAUUCCCAUGGUGACUCUUCCUCUUCAGAGAGUGUUCAAUCUAUUCAUGGUCGGAGGCAUUACCCGGGGCCAAUUUGAACGAAAAAAAAAUCAAGUUUUGGACUUAAUGACACAAGAUCGACAUCGUUUACAACAUAUUCGUGAGCCAGAUUGGGAAAAAGAAGUCAAGAAAGAUGUUCCAGAAUUUACAAGUAAUGAGUCUCCUGAUGAAAUUGUUGAUUGGCUAACACUUGUGAAUGAGGUGUUUGAGCAUCGAAAUGUUCCGGAGAAUCGUCGCGUUGGGAUCAUUGCUAUGCGAUUCCGAGGCAAGGCGAUUGCUUGGUGGAGACGUGAAAAACAAACUCGCCAAGCCGUUGGCAAAGCACAAGUCACUUCGUGGAGAAAGAUGGAGGGCAAGAUUCAAAAAUAUUUUCUUCCCAAAGGAUAUAAGAGAGAGCUCUACCAACGGUACCAAAAUCUAAAACAAGGUACGCGAACGGUGGACCAAUACACCAAUGAAUUCAAUGAGUUGGUGAUUCGUAACAAUAUCCAAGAUCCGGAGGAGGUGCUUGUGAACAAAUACUUGAACGGUCUUCAAUUUUACAUUCAAGACGCCUUGGAAGUCCUCGACAUUUGGGACUUAGGAGAUGCACACCAACGGGCACUCAAAAUGGAGCGCUCUCAUUCUCGGAGACAGCAAUCUGCUAGUAAGCCUUCUACUCAACCUCAUGAUUCGAAGCAACCUGCUACAUCUGAAAUACGUUGCUAUUCUUGUGGGGAGUUGGGUCAUCGUGCUAGCAAUUGUCGAAUCAAUAAGAAUCGACCAGCCGGUAAAGCCUUCUUGGUGGAUAAUAAUUCUGAUGAGAACACUGAGGAUCCACUUGAAGAGGAGUUGAAAAAUGAUGAAGAAGCUGCGGAUGAUGAACAAAUAGUGCAUGCUGACACUGGCGAACUUCUUAUGGUGAGGAAAAAUUUUCCUACUCCUCGAGAUGACACUGGAGAUAGGUGGCUGCGUACCAAUAUUUUCCAUUCUGCUUGCACAAUCAUGGGAAAGGUAUGUCAAUUAAUUAUUGACUCUGGUUGUUGUGAGAAUAUAAUUUCUGAAGUAGCGGCAAACAAGCUGAAGUUGGAAUUAAAAGCGCACCCUACGCCUUAUAAAAUGUUGUGGUUGAAGAUAGGUGCUGAGGUAACUAUUUCAAAACGAUGCCUUGUUAAUCUAUCCAUUGGUUCUGUUUAUAGUGACAAAAUAUGGUGUGAUGUUCUGCCGAUGGAUGCUAGUCACAUUAUUCUUGGUCAACCAUGGCAAUUCGAUAAGAGGACUAUGCAUGAUGGUUAUCGAAAUACAUAUUCUUUUGAAUUUGGAGGCAAGAAGAUUACGUUGGCACCUAGUAGGGUGGGAGAUUCUUCUGAUGAUGCUGGCAAGAAUUCGAGGACGAAUUCUUUUAAAGAUGGGGAGGAUGAUGCAGCCCACAUUGAAGACCGGCUCUCUCGACCAAGAAGAUCGGCCCGCAUUAAAGCUCGACGAAACCGAGAAGCCAUAACGACAUCUUGAGUCCAUCCCGGAAGCAUGAAAGACACCUUGGAAGCUCGCGUGACGCUUUUACUAGUUUAUAGUUUCCAUGCUCUUUACUAUUUCUCCUAUUUUCAAUGCUCCGUUUUUAUUUCUCCUAGUUUUCAACGCUUUGUCUUUAUUUCUCCUAGUUUCAACAUUCUGUUUUUAUUUCUUUGAUGAUAUAAGCCAAUCCCUUGUAGAAGAUAGACAACUUUUGAUGACUUUUGAUAAAUGAAAAAACUUUGCUUGAAGCAAGUAUCAUGAACCUUGUAGAAUUCAUACCUUGAAAACCUAGAAGAGUUUUCACUCCGUCCUUGAAGAGUCGGAGCUUUCGAAAUCUGCAUCC